UAAUUCUGUUAACUUAAAGAUAAUUAACUCCUAUAUGUAUCGAGCUCAAAUCUUCGUCUAGGGGCUUGGAAAUAGCAAAAUACGAUUUAUUCGCGUAAUAACGGAAUACGCAAAGAAUGAACGAUAAUACCACUUUUUGAGACUUUAUGUACAGGAUGUUUAGGUCGCAUUGAUAUAGAAAACACCUGUUUCGCUUGGGUACAUAACAUUUUGUACUUAAUAAAUUAGAAACGCUGGAAGGUUCAAAAAGGGACAACUUUGACGUGGUUUGACGUUGUUCUUGAACAGGGAGUUUAACCAAGGCUACCCUAGUCUGUAUAUAUAUAUGUAUAUUUGAAUAAAAACUUGCUAUUAUGUGGGAUAUACCAAACAUGCAAGAUAAUGAUGACGAGGAUGAUAUACCCAUUGGUAAUUUGUUUGCAAGAAGGAUGUUAUCCAGGCCCACAACAACAAGAAGUUACAGAAAUCCAAAGUCGUCAAACAACUCCGUAACUGACUAUGCUGAUCAAGAUUUGUCAAGUGAGAUCAAUGCCAUAAUUGGUGGCGCCCCAGUUAUUGAAACAAAAAGUAGUUGCAAAGGUUCCUGCCAAAAAGGGUGUGACUGUCGUAAAAUUGGGGUAAAAUGCACAGUUGGAUUUUGCCUAUGUGAUCCAUGUAAAUGCAAAAACAUAAAUUUCCAAGUAACAAUAAAAUUGUUUACCUUGCUACCCAUUUUGGUAAAAGUACGUAUACACUUGAAGACUAAAUUACAACGCACUUACAUUAUAUAG